CUCUGAACCCCGGCCCCGCCCAGGUCCUCUAGGGUGUAGGCUCCUUGCUGAGUUCUGCUCCCUCUGCUUCCGAACCCGCUCGGGCGCCGGGGCCCGCAUCCAAGGUGCUGGGCCCCGGACGUAGUGCCGCUGAGGUCCGGAGCCCCGGGAACCGGGCGGGGACGUUGUCAGGCUGGAGCUGCUCGGGCCUUCUGACUCAGCCGCUCAUCCAGAUUUCAGGAUUUCUCUUCUGGGCGGGGAGCGCGUAACUUCCUCAUUCCCGCCGGGACCCUCGCUUCCAGUCAGUCUGGCCUGACUUUGAGCCCUGCUGUCACCAGGGCUCCUCCCUUGGACUUAACCUCGCCCCAGUUCGAGGCCAUCCCAUCUUGGCUAGGAUGACUGUAACCCAGACGGACCUCUUUCCCUAUGGGGACUACCUGAACUCCAGCCAGUUGCACAUGGAGCCAGAUGAGGUUGACACUCUGAAGGAAGGAGAGGAUCCAGCUGAUCGAAUGCAUCCCUUUCUGGCCAUCUAUGACCUUCAGCCUCUGAGAGCACACCCCUUGGUGUUUGCUCCUGGGGUCCCUGUUAUAGCCCAGGUGGUAGGCACCGAAAGAUACACCAGCGGAUCCAAGGUGGGAACCUGUACUCUUUAUUCUGUUCGAUUGACCCAUGGCGACUUUACCUGGACAACCAAGAAGAAAUUCCGACACUUUCAGGAGCUGCAUCGGGACCUCCAGAGACACAAAGUCUUGAUGAGUCUGCUCCCUCUGGCUCGCUUUGCUGCGGCCCAUUCUCCAGCCCGAGAGGCAGCCAAUGAGAAUAUUCCCUCCCUACCCCGAGGAGGUUCCGAGGGCUCUGCCAGACACACAGCCAGCAAGCAGAAGUACCUGGAAAAUUACCUCAACCGCCUCCUGACCAUGUCUUUCUAUCGAAAUUACCAUGCCAUGACAGAAUUUCUGGAAGUCAGUCAACUUUCCUUUAUCCCAGACCUUGGCUCCAAAGGACUGGAAGGGGUGAUCCGGAAGCGCUCAGGUGGGCAUCGAGUUCCUGGCUUCACCUGCUGUGGUCGAGACCAAGUUUGUUAUCGAUGGUCCAAGAGGUGGCUGGUGGUGAAGGACUCCUUCCUGCUGUACAUGCGUCCAGAGACUGGCGCCAUCUCAUUUGUUCAACUUUUUGACCCUGGCUUUGAGGUCCAGGUGGGGAAAAGGAGCACAGAGGCACGGUAUGGGGUGAGGAUCGACACCUCCCACAGGUCCCUGAUCCUCAAAUGCAGCAGCUACCGGCAGGCACGGUGGUGGGGCCAGGAGAUCACGGAGCUGGCACAGGGUCCGGGCAGAGAUUUUCUACAGCUACACCAGCAUGACAGCUAUGCCCCACCCCGGCCUGGCACCCUGGCCCGGUGGUUUGUGAAUGGGGCAGGUUACUUUGCUGCUGUGGCAGAUGCCAUCCUCCGAGCUCGAGAGGAGAUUUUCAUCACAGACUGGUGGCUGAGUCCUGAGAUUUACCUGAAGCGUCCAGCCCACUCAGAUGACUGGAGACUGGACAUUAUGCUCAAGAGGAAGGCGGAAGAAGGUGUCCGUGUUUCCAUACUGCUGUUUAAGGAAGUGGAACUGGCCUUGGGCAUCAACAGUGGCUAUAGCAAGAGGACACUGAUGCUACUGCACCCCAACAUAAAGGUGAUGCGACACCCAGACCUUGUAACAUUGUGGGCUCAUCAUGAGAAGCUCCUGGUGGUAGACCAAGCGGUGGCAUUCUUGGGUGGGCUGGACCUUGCCUAUGGCCGCUGGGAUGAUGUGCAGUACCGACUGACUGACCUGGGGGACCCCUCCGAAUCUGCAGAUUCACAGACUCCCACGCCAGGUUCAGAUCCUGCAGCCACUCCAGACCUCUCGCAUAAUCACUUCUUCUGGCUGGGAAAAGACUACAGCAACCUCAUUACCAAGGACUGGGUACAGCUGGACCGGCCUUUUGAAGAGGAAGUCAGGACAGGAACUCAACCAGAGCAGGAACCUGGAGGGCUGCUGCUUCCUGGCUCAUUCCCUGUGGAUAGCUCGGUCUCCUUUCUUCCAGAACCCAGGACCACCACCCCAGAUUUCAUCGACAGGGAGACCACACCCAGAAUGCCAUGGAGGGAUGUUGGAGUGGUUGUACAUGGAGUAGCUGCCCGGGACCUUGCCCGGCACUUCAUCCAGCGCUGGAACUUCACCAAGACCAUCAAGGCCAGAUACAAGAUACCUCAGUACCCCUACCUGCUGCCUAAGUCCGCCAGCACUGCAAACCAUCUUCCCUUCAUAAUCCCAGGCGCGCAGUGCGCCACUGUGCAGGUCUUGCGGUCUGUGGAUCGAUGGUCAGCAGGGACUUUGGAGAGCUCCAUCCUCAAUGCCUACCUACAUACCAUCCGAGAGAGCCAGCACUUUCUCUACAUUGAGAAUCAGUUCUUCAUCAGCUGCUCAGAUGGGCGUACAGUUCUGAACAAGGUGGGCGAUGAGAUUGUGGACAGGAUCCUAAAGGCUCAUGAACAGGGGCAGUGUUUCCGAGUCUACGUGCUUCUGCCUUUGCUCCCUGGCUUUGAGGGGGACAUCUCCACAGGGGGUGGCAACUCCAUCCAGGCCAUUCUGCACUUCACCUACAGGACCCUGUGUCGUGGGGAAUAUUCAAUCUUACAUCGUCUCAAAGCAGCCAUGGGGACAGCAUGGCGGGAUUACAUGUCCAUCUGUGGGCUUCGCACACAUGGAGAGCUGGGCGGGCACCCGAUCUCCGAGCUCAUCUAUAUCCACAGCAAGUUGCUCAUUGCAGAUGACAGAACAGUCAUCAUCGGCUCUGCAAACAUCAACGACAGGAGCUUGCUGGGGAAGCGCGACAGUGAGCUAGCCAUACUGAUCGAGGACACAGAAAUGGAGCCAUCCCUCAUGGAUGGGGUGGAGUACCAGGCAGGCAGAUUUGCCUUGAGUCUGCGGAAGCACUGUUUCAGUGUCAUUCUUGGGGCAAAUACCUGGCCAGACCUGGAUCUCCGAGACCCUGUCUGUGAUGACUUCUUCCAGCUGUGGCAGGAAACAGCGGAGAACAAUGCCACCAUCUAUGAGCAGAUCUUCCGCUGCCUGCCGUCCAAUGCUACUCGUUCCCUGCGGGCUCUCCGGGAGUACGUGGCUGUGGAGUCCUUGGCUACAGUCAGCCCUUCUUUGGCUCAGUCUGAGCUUGCCCACAUCCGGGGCCACUUAGUUCACUUCCCCCUCAAGUUUCUGGAGGAUGAGUCCUUGUUGCCUCCACUGGGGAGCAAAGAGGGGAUGAUACCUUUAGAAGUGUGGACAUAGCUGGGGCUUCCGCUCAGCGGCAGUUGCUAGCCGUUGGGCCCUAUCGUGCCUGGAUCCUUGCCCCACACCCUGAGUUCUGAGGGCAGUGCCCUUUGAUCCUUGGGGAGGACAUCUCUGAGGACUCCUAGAGAAUCACAGAGGACCUUUACUUGAGAAGUAGCCAAAGGGAGCACUCCCAAGCCUGGCCUGGGAAAGCAGGAGAGAGUUCUAGAGAGGUUUGCCUUCUUGUCACCAUGUUCAGACCACUAUGCCACAGAACCCUAGUCCUACGAGGAGGCCUGAGGUCAAGCCUUUUAUUCCAGGAAAAGGGACUCCUGCCCUGGGUCGUCUUCAUCUCACUCUUCCUCCUGCCCUUGAACCCCUACAUGCCCUAGGGCCUCUCCCAGCCCGUUGCUGCAAAGAUGGGGGGGGGGGAGUAUAGAGCCACUUUGACUGCAGUCCCCACCAGCGGUGGUGAGGACACCUUAACUGCCUCCACCAGCCUGCUGACAGACACUAACUCUGUACCGGUUCACCAAGCAUUUCAUAAAUAAAUGUGUAGAAAAGGCCAUGCUUCUUCUUGGAGAUGGAUGUUGUCUUAGGUGCUCCCUGCCUCAGUUCUAACUUCUUUCUUCUGCUUGCAUCUCUGUGCUUGCUUGCCCCCCCUUUCUCCCUCCCUCCCUUUCCUUCUUCCUUUUCCUUCCUUCCUCCCUCCCUUUCCUUCUUCCCCUUCCUUCCUUCCUUCCUUCCUUCCUUCCUUCCUUCCUUCCUUCCUUCCAGGGGGUGGGGUGGGGUUGAUUUCCAAAUAGAGUUUCUCUGUGUAGCCCUAGCUGUCCUGGAACUCUGUUAACAAGGCUGCCCUCGAACUCGGAGAGAUCCACCUGCCUCUGCCUCCUAAGUGCUUGGACAUAGGCUUGGGCCACAGCUCCAUCUCUGUGCUUCUCAGCAGCUUCUGAGUUCAUUCACCUAACUCCUGAAGAUCUGGGCUAAUUCUGUGUGUGUGUGUGUGUGUGUGUGUGUGUGUGUGUGUGUGUGUGUGUGCGUGAUACAUAUCUUCAUAACUUUUCAUAUGUCUGAAGUAUUUUGCAAUUAGAAAACUGCUGAACACAGAUAGCCACAGAAGCAGGAAGAAAAUAAGGAGAAUGGAGAAUUAGGAAGGCAUCAUAGAAGGCAGUGGGGGUGGGUGAGAAUGUGACCAGAAGGUAUUAGGUUGCUCUCCCAUCCCUCUAGUUCUCUUGAGAAGUGAAUUCUAGGGUUAGUGAGAGAUGCUUCAGCAGAGGAAGAUGCUUCCUGUUAGGCUUAACAACUUGAGUUCGAUCCCCAGGACCCACAGUCUAGGAGGAGAAAACAGUCUCCUGAAAGUUGUCCUCUGACCUCCACACACAGACCAUGGCAUUCCUGUGUGUGCUCACAAUAAAUAAAUUCAUUUUCAAAAUCAA